AUGAUAAGGAAGACACUGAUAAAGCAAACUCAGCUUGACUGGGUAAAAGUAGUGUUGUUUCAAAACCCUAAAGAUACAGCUGUUUCAUUUUUCCAUUGCCAUAACAAUGGAACACAAAAUGUCCCCAGUUACAGCUCCAGGGAUGAGUUCUUUUCAGGAUUCAUGACAGAUCUCUGGGGAUCCUGUUUUGAUCCUGAAGUCACCUGGAACAAACAUGUUGAAGAUAAGAAUAUUAUGGUCAUAGUAUAUGAAGACCUGAAAGGGAUGCAAGCUGAGCAGAUCCAGGCCAUUGCAGCAAGGCACACUUUCCAGCCAGGGAGUGUUAAAGCUCAGGAGACUCAUGAUGCUGUUGGCUUGAUUCUUUUCCAUAAAGGGCAUAUUCAGAUACUCAGUAUUUACCAGCUAGUGAUGGGCAUUAAAGAAUGA